AUGAUCAAUGCCAAAUAUGAUGAUAUUGUAGCUGGUUUUAGACGAGCUGCUUUUCUGUCACUUUUGAAACCUAGGAUGGCUCUUUUUUCUGCUUAUGAUAUAGCUGUUCACUAUGAGGAGAAACAAGUGAGAAUUCCAAAUAUCGAUCCAAUUGGUUACUGUUACCUUAAUCUACUAUUUGAUGUUGCUGAGAAGGUGUUCGGUGAAGUCCCUGGGCAUCUGAAUAAGUUAAUACAUAUGACGUGUCAGAUUCCUAAGACAGAUCAUAUGUUUGAUAUUACAGAUGAUGAUAGUGUACGUGAAAUGUUUGAAAUGCAUAAGUCUGGAAGAAUGAUUAAUGUGCAUGUGCAGGAUAUGGAUGUUAUUCCAUCUUAUAAAGCUAAUCAGAUAAAUGAAAAUGGUCAUAACACUGAUUUGAACUUAAGAGGAAAAGGAAAGGACAAGGUAUGUGUUGUUGCCAUUGAUGAUUCUGAGGGUGAAUAUAGUUAUUCCAGCUCUGAUUCAAGCUGGCUGCACAGCAUGGAUAGUGACAAUGAGAAAGAUUUAGAUGUUCAUAGCGAUAGUGAUGAAUCUGACAUGUCAUUUUCUGAUUUUGAUGACAAUGAGGAGGGUGCCUUAGUUCUUUAUUCUGAAAAUGAAGAAGAAACUGACCCUGUUCAGCAAGCUUUGAAAUCAAAACUGUGGACGUACAACCCAAAAGUAGAGAUAGAGUUUAAGAAAGGUCAACUAUUUACUAAUGUCGAUGCAUUUAGAGCAGUUUUAAAGGACUAUGUAAUUCAGAAAGGAUUUCCAAUUAUGAGACUGAAGAAUGAGAAGAGCAGAGUCACUGUUGUUUGUGGUGUUGAAGGGUGCAAAUGGAGAAUCCAUGCAUCACCAGUUUUAGAUUCCAUGACCUUUAUGAUUAAGACUUAUCAAGGUGAACACACAUGUGUGAUGGACAGGAAGAACACAGAAGCUACAGCUGACUGGAUUGCCAAGAAACUAGUUCCAGUCAUGAGAAUUCACCCCAACAUGUCCACCAAAGGGGUAGAAGCUGAGAUGAUUAAGUAUGGUGUGCAUCCAAGCAAAUGGCAGAUGUAUAGAGCACUAACUAAAGCAAGAAAUGAGAUUGAAGGCAAUCACAUUGAAUCGUACGCCAAAUUGCCAAAGUAUGCAGAGCUGAUCAGGAAAUACAACCCACAAAGUAUCUGCAAAAUACAUUAUGAUAGGCCUACUCUUCUUGUUGAGCCUAGAUUUCUCAGAAUGUUUAUUAGUUUCAAAGCUCAAAGAAGUGGAUUUGUUGAAGGCUGUACACCUUUUGUUGGUUUUGAUGGAUGUUUUUUAAAAGGUGCUUAUGGUGGUGUGCUUCUCACAGCAGUCACAUUAGAUGCUAACAAUAGCAUUUUUCCUAUUGCAUUUACUGUGGCUGAAGCUGAAAAUAAAGAAACCUGGAGUUGGUUUUUUCAUUACUUUGAGGAGUUUUUUGGACCAUUUACUUCAGAAAAUGGUUUUCAUGGUCCUCUAACCUUCAUGAGUGACAGGCAAAAGGGCCUGAAUAUAGCUUAUGAAGAGAGAGUGCCUGUUGCUAGUGGAAGACAUUGCUGUAGGCAUAUCUGCAGUAAUUUUAAAGCUCAAUUUCCUGAUAUUCUGCUUAGUAACUUGUUCUGGAGAGCAGCAAAAAGCUUUGAUGUUGCAGGACAUAAUGAAGCCAUGGCUAGCAUAAAGGAGUUAAACAAAGAAGCAUGGAAAUACUUGGAUAAAAUUCCUAAAACAACAUGGUGCAGAUAUACCUUCAAUACUGGACUAAAAUGUGAUCAUGUCACAAAUAACUGCACUGAGUCCUUCAAUGCAUGGAUAGGUGAGCUAAGAGGGAAGCCUAUCUUGACACUUGUUGAUGGGCUGAGGAAGAAGUUCAUGAAGAAAAUGCAUAAGCGAUAUCAGAAAGGGUGCAUGCUCACCACUGCCAUCACACCAAAGAUGCUUGGUAAACUACAAAAAAUAGGACAAGCAUCAAGACAAUGUGAACUCACUAUGGCUUCUACUGAUGUAUUUGAAGUGGGGGAUAUGAACAGGUCCUACAUAGUCAAUUUAUCAGCUAAAACUUGUGAUUGUGGAGCAUUUCAAAUUUCAGGCCUUCCUUGUAAACAUGCUGCACUAGGGAUUAUCUACAAGAGAGAAAAGCUGGAAUCCUACUGUGAGCAUUGGUUCUCAAGAGAUAAGUACUUAAAGACAUAUUCAAGUAUGAUUCAUCCAAUUCCUGAUGAGAAAAUGUGGCCACCUAUGCCAUAUGUUACACCUAUAACAGUCCUGCCUCCUCCAUUAAGGAGAGCUCCAAGUAGACCAAAGACUAAAAGGAGAAGGGAACAUGAUGAAGGACAGUCCGCGUCACAACCAAAAAGACUUUGCUACAUCAAGUGUGGAAACUGUGGCUCUUUUGGUCACAACAAGAGGUCAUGUCAAGGAGCACCUGUCCAGAAUAAGAAGAAUGGCAACAGAACUACUGGCCAGCAGAGCUAUAGAAGAGGCAAACCAGGAAGAGGGACUGCAAACACGGGCCUGUCAGGAGCAACUCUUUGGGAUCAUGUCACUGGCAAUGUUCCAGUUGUACACUCAAGCCAAGGCAGCAAUCCUUCUCCUUCAACUCAACCUGCACCUGCAACUGUGAAUGUGCAUGUGCAGAAUCAGAGCACAACAACCACUUCAAAGAAAAAGAGAGGAAGACCUUUAAGCAAUACUGGUGCAUCUGCUAGAGGGAGCAGCAAGAGAAACUACUCAAAUACUGCUCAGAUCACUCAAAUUGUGGAACAAGCUGAUCAUCAGUAA